UUAUAUAAAGAAAAAUAUAAUUGUCAUCUUACAUUUAUAAAAAUAGAAUAUAAUAUAGAUUCUGUUAGCAGAAUCUUUAUCAAUUUUACUAAAUAGCAAGAUUCGCUGGUAGGCUAUGAACAAAAGUUGAAAGCCAUCUGGUGACUGUAGUUAAUUCAAGUAUUAACAUAUUUAUUUUCAUUUAGGGCAAGUAGUUGUUUCACUUCUAAAGCUCUAUUUCAUUUCUUUAUUAUAUUUUGUCACAAUAAAUUAUUUAAUCAAUCUUUUGCCACGCAUGUUUCGAAGUUCGUGCAGAAUAAUUGUUAAGUACAAUGGAGGUACCUAACCUAUCACGAGAUUUUCUGCACGCUUGUCAAAGCGGUGAUUUACCUAGAGUGGAAACUCUUGUUUCGAAAUAUAAUAUUCAAGAUUGGACAAUCUUCCGACAUUCCACUUCCGGCGACACUGCGUUGCACGUUGCGGCGCGCGAAGGCCAUUUGAAUAUUGUUCGUUAUUUAUGCGAAUUCUUUGAUAAGCCUGACUAUAAAAUCGAUGUUGCUAACAAAGAUAUGAAGAGACCCUUGCACGAGGCAGCCCAAUUUAGUCACAGUGAAAUUCUGAAAUAUUUGCUAGAAAAAGGAGCUGAUGCAGACUCUUUAAAGCGCGCCGAUUGGACUCCACUUAUGCUGGCAUGUACCAAAACUGGCAGCGAAGCCUGCAGCUGUAUUGUCGCGCUUUUAGAAGCAAAAGCGAAUCCGUUUUUCCGAAAUAAAGAUGGUUGGACACCGUUCCAUAUUGUUUGCCGUUCGGGCGAUCUAAAUGCUUUCGAUUUGUUGUUGAAUCACUCGGCGAAAUGCAUCGAUGCGAAAAGUAAUAAUGGCCGUAGUCCCAUGCACAUUGCCGCAUUUCACGGUCAUCAGUCAUUAAUCGAACGACUCGCGGCGCUAAAUCCCGAUCUACUAAAUGCUAAGGAUUCCUCCGGAGCGACUGCUCUACACGAGUCGAUAAAAGGAGGUCAUUUAGCCGCAAUGAUACAAAUGAUCGAGCUAGGAGCUGACACGGGAGCAACGGACAACGUGGGUCAGACAAUUUUGCACAUAGCUGCGUUAACGGGGAACUCCGAUGCUAUUCGAUAUAUUUUGAACAACAAAUUAAUCGAUGUACACACGGAAGCAUUGUUUAACGUGACACCAUUGGUCGCAGCGCGCAGGAGCAAUCAAGUAGACACAAUUGAAUGCUUAAUGGAAUUUGGAGCUGUGAAAUAAGAUCCCCCCGUAUUAAAAUUCUAUU